CUUGUGCAAGGCGGCAACGCUUGGUUUGGCGCCCCCUUCCACUCCUACUCAUUGUUCAACUCAUACAAUCUGUUGGCAAAUUAUUUUAAAUUGCAAUAUAAAUCGUACAGCAACCUCCAAUCCUUGUAUUUUUUGUACACAAAUUCAUCUCCAUUGCAAAUGGAGAUAGAGAGUUUUACCAGAGGAGCCUUAGUGUGGGCAAGAGUGGUGUACCCUCAUCAAUGGUGGCCAGGUCUCGUUCUCACAACAAACCGUCUUGGCAUUUUAGUUUCUUUCUUCGGUUGCCUGAAGUCCCGUUACUUUCUUGAAUCAGAAGUCUCUUCUUUUGAGCAAAACUUCACAACCCAUAUAAAAAAUUGUACAAACAAGACCUUAAUCGAUCUUGUCUUGAAGUUCUUGGGUCAAAAGAUUGUACGGAGCUUGACAUUGCCUCAGCAGAGGAAAGGUUCAAGUCUCAGUACUUCGUUUCAGCCUAAAAAAAUUCUGGGUUUCGUUCGAAGUUUUGCUGUUUGGCCUUGUGUUGAAGAUGGGGAUUUUGUUUGUGCAGUCAAAGUGUUUGCUCAAACUACUGCUUUUAGACAUUAUUUGGUGAACUCAAAUGUUCAGUCUAGAGUGCAACCGUGUCAAGUUUCAGUUGAGAAGACACAUUCAGUUGUUCGGGAACUGGAUACUUCGAAAACAAGGGACGAUUGCCUGGUGCUCUGCAAGCAUGUGGAAAAGGAUUCGCCAGAUUCCUUUAUUAAUAGAAAGUACAUGGAUGAUGAUCAUCUUGAUAUCAGUUCAAUGAUUGAACAUGAACAACAGAAAAUUCAAUCAGUUCAAGGGAUGCUGGCCAAAAUGCACAUUCUAGCUCUGGAUCCAUUUUAUUUUGAUGGGGAAUGUCUGAGUAAUUUAAAGAGGAGUUUUUGUAGCUUCCGAAAUUUAUUAUUCCAGAAUAUCUGUAAGUCUGUUUCUCCUCUUGAAAGGGGCGGAGCUCAGUUUUGUAAUCCUGGCUAUAUCACAUCUCAGUUGAGUGUCAUCUUUUACGAAGAAAAUAGCAAAAAGACUGCUCUUCCUGUUAUACCUUAUGUGGAAAGUUCUGUCAACUGUCUGGGUUUAAAGAGGCAGCUGGAUCAAUAUCCUGUUUAUGAACCUCCUUUAAAAUUGUGCAAGACAUUGUCUUUCUCAAUUAAUGGAGUUGAUGCUAAUCUUUGGAGAAGUGGAAAAGAAUGUAGUGCUGUUCUUUCUAAUAUUUUCAUUUCAAGGAAAGCUUUUCCUGAGCUGUUAAAAAUUUUCAACACUAUGCCAUUUUCUGCUAAUGCGGCUUAUGAUUAUUUUCGAAGAAAUAUAGCUGGACGUGAGGCACAAUUCUUUGAUGAUUUCUUUUCCGGAUCCCAAGUGAUGGUAAAAACUCAAAACCUCUCUUCUGCUGCAGCUCAAAGUUUGACAUAUCUAUGCAAUGGUAACUUGAUGAACUUGAUUGAAAAUAUGCUCAGAUUUUCCCUUGUAAAGCACGCAUCUCAUUGUAGAGACACUGCUCAAAUCUGCAUGGAGCAGACACUGGAUGGAAAAUUUAAUACCCGAGACAACACUGGAGCCCGUGAAUCCUUUGCUGAUAUACAGCAGAACCAAGAAAGUGAAGUCAUUAUGAAAAACAAUGGCACAUGCAUAUCCUACACUCCUGAUGCUACGGAGAACAUGCUGGAAUUUUCUGCUGCUGAAUCAGCCUCUGAUUGUGCAAUUGGGAAUCUUACUGGUAAAGAGGAGGUUGGUGCUGUAACUGCAGGAACCAGAAAAUACCUAUCGCAUCCUCAUUUUACUGCUGAUGAACUGAAGACGCCGCCUACGGAUAGAAAAUCUAGUGUUAACGUGACUUUUGGACACAGAUAUAAGGAGAAGAAGAAACUUGGACACCCAGGCAACUCUGAUUUAGCAUUGAAGUCAAAAGUGGGAAAGCUCUCAGAGGUACAGAGUGCUAUUGUUUUUUCUAAAACUUUGCACAUGAAAUUCCCGAAGGGUUGUAAUCUGCCAUCCGAGGAGGAACUGGUAAAAAAGUUUAGUCCAUUUGGGAGAAUCGACCCUUUGUGUACGAAGGUCUACUCUUAUACUGGCUCUGCCCGGGUGGUAUUCUUAAGUCAACUUGAUGCGGUGGCUGCAUACCAAUAUGCAAAGAGGAAAAAGAACAUAUUUUCUAAACAAAAUGUGAAAUUUUGGCUUGACCCUUUUGAUGAUAAGAGAGGAUACAAGAGGCUACUUACCUCUCCAGAUUACAACCUAAAAUCAUGUCUCAAAAAGUCGAAGCAACUUGGGGAAGAGGAUAAAAAAUCUCCCAGGAAGGUAAGGUUUUUGUUAGAAACAUAGAUCAGUUGAUCAAUGCUAAAACCCAAUGUAUAUACAUGUCAUAGCUGUAGCUGAAUCUUCUGAGACUAGACCUCAUAUCAGCUUAUCGUGAUGGUGAUCAAAUACCAAUGUGUUUGGUGAAAUGCAACCAUUUUGUGGAUUUUGAUGUAAGUUGCUCAUUGUAAAUGGUCAGAUUUAGGAUUUGAGUGGCGGAUGUUCUUGUGAUUUUAAGAAAUUGAAGUUAUAUAUAUGAGAAGUAUUAUGUAAAUUCAGUUUUAAGUAUUUAACUUGAUUCA